AUGACGAUUGUCGACGUACGCACACCCGAUCCGAAGAAAUUCAUCAAGGGAGCGACCGGCGAUUGGGAAAUCGUGAUCGGCAUGGAAGUCCAUGCCCAGGUGACUUCCGAAGCCAAGCUCUUUUCCGGCGCCUCGACCGAAUUCGGCAAGGACCCGAAUAACAACGUCAGUCUCGUCGACGCCGCCAUGCCAGGUAUGCUGCCGGUGAUCAACGAGGAAUGCGUCAGGCAGGCGAUCCGGACCGGUCUCGGGCUGAAGGCGGCUAUCAAUCUGAAAUCCGUGUUCGACCGCAAGAACUAUUUCUACCCGGAUUUGCCGCAGGGUUAUCAGAUUUCGCAGUUCAAACAGCCGAUCGUCGGCGAAGGCAAGAUCCUGCUCGACAUGCCGGACGAACAGGUCGAGAUCGGUGUUGAACGCCUCCACCUGGAACAGGACGCCGGAAAGUCAUUGCAUGACCAGCAUCCGACAAUGUCCUUCGUGGAUCUGAACCGCUCUGGCGUUGCGCUGAUGGAAAUCGUGUCCAAGCCGGACCUUCGUUCGUCCGACGAGGCAAAGGCCUACCUGACGAAGCUGCGCACGAUCCUGCGCUACCUGGGAACAUGUGACGGCAACAUGGACCAGGGCUCCAUGCGCGCGGACGUCAACGUUUCAGUCAGGCGUCCCGGCGGCGAAUUCGGCACCCGUUGCGAGAUCAAGAACGUCAACUCGAUCCGCUUUGUGGGACAGUCCAUCGAAUACGAAGCCCGGCGUCAGGUCGCGAUUCUGGAGGAUGGCGGCGAAAUAGAUCAGGAAACGCGUCUCUUCGAUUCCGUGAAAGGUGAAACCCGGUCCAUGCGCUCCAAGGAAGAAGCGCAUGACUACCGCUACUUUCCGGAUCCCGACCUGCUGCCGCUCGAAUUCAGCCAGGAAUUUGUCGAUGAACUCUCUGGCCACCUGCCGGAGCUGCCGGACGACAAGAAGGCUCGUUUCAUCGGUGACUACGGCCUGACCGCGUAUGAUGCCGAUAUCCUGGUUGUCGAAAAGGCAUCUGCCGACUUCUUUGAGGAUGUUGCCAAGGGGCGUGACGCCAAACUGUCCGCAAACUGGGUAAUCAACGAACUUUUCGGCCGCUUGAACAAGGAAGGCACGGAUCUGGCGGACAGCCCGGUUUCCGCGGGUCAACUCGGGUCCAUCAUCGACCUUAUCAAGGCCGGAACGAUUUCAGGCAAGAUCGCCAAGGAUCUGUUCGAAAUUGUCUGGACGGAAGGCGGUGACCCGGCACGGAUCGUUGAAGAUCGCGGUAUGAAACAGGUGACUGACCUGGGCGCGAUCGAGGCGAUUGUCGACGAGAUCCUCGCCGCCAAUCCGGACAAGGCUGAACAGGCCAAGGAAAAGCCGAACCUUGUCGGCUGGUUCGUCGGUCAGGUGAUGAAGGCGUCCAAAGGCAAGGCCAACCCGCAGGCAGUGAACGAUCUUUUGAAACAGAAGAUCGGCCUGGAGUGA